GAACGAGGUUUAAAUGAAAAUUAUGAUCAUUGUCGUACUUUUUGUGAUGUCAAAUAAAAAAAAAUAUGUCACGCUCUAGAAUUUUGCAGUAUGGUAUUCCGUUUUUAAUCUUUAUUCUCGGUGGAUCGGUUGGCCUUCGAGAAUUUACGGAAUUACGUUAUAGAUAUAAACAUACAUCUCAAUAUAAUAUACACGAUGAAUUAGAAAAAGAGGGAUUUCAAAUGAAAUCACCAGAAGAAAUUACUUUGGAGAAAGAAUAUGAAAAGUUGGAGAAGCUUGAUCUUGACAACUGGAAGAACAUUAGAAUACCACGACCAUGGGAGGAACCAGAAGAUACAAAAAAUUGAGUAUAAAUAAAAACAUUUUCAGUCUAUGUGAUUGAUAUAUAAA